AUGGAGCCGCCCUCUGCAGCCCAGCCCGCUCCAGAGCCCAGCCCAGCGCCGAGGCCACGCCCAGCUCCAGGGCCCAGCCCAGCGCCCAGGCCACGCCCAGCUCCAGGGCCCAGCCCAGCGCUCAGGCCACGCCCAGCUCCAGGGCCCAGCCCAGCGCCGAGGCCACGCCCAGCUCCAGGGCCCAGGCCACGCCCAGCGCCGAGGCCACGCCCAGCUCCAGGGCCCAGGCCAGCACUGAGGCCACGCCCAGCUCCAGGGCCCAGGCCACGCCCAGCUCCAGGGCCCAGCCCAGCGCCCAGGCCACGCCCAGCUCCAGGGCCCAGCCCAGCGCCGAGGCCACGCCCAGCUCCAGGGCCCAGCCCAGUGCCGAGACCAUGUCCAGCUCCAGCGCCCAGGCCACGCCCAGCUCCAGGGCCCAGGCCACGCCCAGCUCCAGGGCCCAGCCCAGCCCUGACCUCAAGCCAAGCAGGGGAACCCAGACAAGGGUGGAAGCCGAGCCCCUCUCCGAGACCGGCCCCGGUUCCGGAGCCCAGCCCGGUGCCGGGAGCAGCCCCUGCCGCCGAGCAGGGCCUGACCCCGGGACUCAGGACCCGCCGUCCCGCCCCGGAGCGCUGGUCAGCGUUGGAACCCAGCCGAGGCUGGAGCAGCCCGCCCCCUGCCACGGCCCAGCUGGCUCGGGGCCCCAAGGCAGCUCCCGCGCCCUGCCCAGCGCAGGGGCCGGAGCCCACGCGGCUGCCCGGCCCGGCCCCCGGCCCCAGCCCCACCCUGCCGUCCAGGUGCGUGCGGGGUCCCAGUCUAGGCGAGGUGACCGGUCCAGCUCUGACGCCGUGUCCAGCUCCAGAGCCCAGCCCGGCGCAGCAGCCCGGCCCCUCUCCAGCGUCCACACCCGCUCGGGCACCCCCACAGCGGGGCCCGGCUCUGCCAGGCGCUCCAGCUCUGGAACCCAGACCGACUUCGGAACCUGGCCAGGCUCCGCCGCACAGCCGGCUGCUGGGGCCCUGCGGGGCUCCGGCGCCCUGCCCAGCUCUGGGCGCCGGAGCCCCGCCCCACGCCGCGCCGGUUCCAGAAUCCCGCGGGGCCCUGGAGCCCCCCUUGGCUCCCGGCCCCAGCCGAGACCCCUCACGCAGGCCCGUUCUGGGACCCCGCUCAGGCCCGGCAUUGGCCUCCGCCCACAGACUCUAGGCCUGGAUACCCCCGACCUGGGCCCAACCCCCAGAGCCCUGGCUCCAGUCCCUGGCAAAACCGUGGGGCCUCGGCUUCCGCCCUGUGAGCCGGCGUCUGGGGCCCUGGCCAGUGCUGGGCCCGUGCCAGACCCCCCAGUGUCU